GAGGAGAGGGCCGGAGAGCUGGUGAAAGGGGGGGAUGAGAGGAGAGUGGGGCGAGAAAGGGCCGUGGGUGGUUGGUCGAGAGGUAGGACACGGACGACGGAGAUUGAAGAGGUGGUGGAAGGGCAGGGAGAGGGAGGAUGUGCAUGAAGACCCCUGGAUGCAGCGGCUGGGGGUGCUUCAGGUGAAACCUCAGGUGGAUCCUCAGGUGGAAGCAUCAGAGCAUGCAGAAGGGCAUGAGAGUGGGAAGGAGAGCAGGGAAGCAACGAGGAGGGCAGGGGAGGAGGAAGGGUACAGUGAGAGGGCGAAGAGGCUAGAGUUGAGGCAGAGGCGGUAUGAGGAGGAGAGGCAGCGGUACGAGGAGGGGCUAAGACAGCUGGAAGCAGAGCAGCAGAGGCUGGCAGUGCGGAUGGGGGGGGGGACGAGGGCGGGGCAUGGCGCUUCUGGUGCUGGUGCUGGUGAUUAUGGCGAUGGGGCUGGUGCUGGUGGUUGUGGUGGGAACGGGAAUGGUGACUAUAGCGAGCGGAUGGACGAGGAUGACCGUUUGGAUGCAUCAGACGGCGCAGAUGCGUCCGACAAGGCACACACGUCCAACGGUCAGGAUGCAUUGACGGGCAUGGGGGCGUCAGGCGAUGGUGCGGCUCCAUUCGUUCCUUUCGUUCCCUUCGUUUCCAUGCACGUGUACGCAUCAGAGCCAGCAGAGCUGGAGCCGUAUGCCAUGGGUGCCCCGCCUGACCUGCUGCCGCCCGCGCUCAAAACGCAGGGCUACCACUUUCACAGCGCUGCCCAUUCCCAUGCACACACCCACAUGCAUCCCAACAACCAGCCAUCCAGCCACCUGCAUCCCAGCAAGCAGCCAUCCAGCCCCACCACCGUGCUGCACUCCGCUCACUCGCACGCGCAUGCCCACCCCCCCUUGCACUCGCCCGCCCAUGCCACCACCCAUGCACUCACGCCCGCACACAUGCAGUCACACUCUACCACCCCCAACGGUCCCCCAGGCGACCCCUUCGGCCCCCUGCCUGCUGCGUUGAGGGCGGGUCUCCUCAGGCGACUGAAAGAGGACAGCCUCCUCGCUGCUAAUGCCAGCACUGCUGCUGCUGCACUUGCCACUGCCACUGCUUCUUCAGAUUCGGCUGGUGCUUCUGCCGCUGGUGCUGCUGCUGCUGGCAGAAGUGGAGCAGAGGAGGCUGCAGGUGUGGGGGCGGCAGGUGUGGGGGCUGCAGGUCCCUUUAUAGGCAGGCCCGUUAAGGGCAUUCUGUGUCGGACCAGGGUUUUGACUGCUGGGGACAGUGAGACAGGGGAGGACAGGGAGAGCAGCACCACACUUGCUGCUGAAAGCGCUGCUGGUACUGCUGCUAGUGAUGUCACUGGUACUGCUGCUGUUGCUGCAGCAGCAGCUGCUGCCAACGAUGGUACUGGUUUCGACACUGCUGCUGCUGCUGCUGCUGCUGCUGCUGCUGCUACCAGAGACGGCCUUCUUCCCCCGACCCUAAUCGAGGCUGUGUUCAAGCCUGGAGCCUUGGGUCGGGCAGCUGCAGCGUACCGGUACAGGGGAGGGGGAGACUUUUUGUUCCGCGCCCUGGCCACGCUGCAGCCUGGUGGGGGGGAGGGGAAGGGUGGGGGGAGUGGGGAGGGGGGAGCGGAGGGGGAGUUGGGCAGGGGUGGGGAGAGAGAGGGUGGACGCGAGAAGGGGUUAGUGGAGGAAGGAGCGAUCCGUGGCGGAGAGAGCACAGGAUCGGUCACUGGUUCGUCAUCUGCUGCUAUUGAUACUGCUGCGGCGGCGGCGGCUGCUGCUGCUGCUGCUGCUGCUGCUGCUGCUGAAAGGGUUACUGGAGCGGAGCAAAGCAGGGGCAGGGACAGCACGAGGGCUAUAGGCGCGGAAGGGAAGGGAGGGAAGGAAGGCGUUGGUGUGAAGGAGGAGGACGAGGGGUGGGACUAUGAGGAGGAGGCGCGGGCCGUGGCGCUGUCUCUCUUCGGCUUCCCCCACACGCUGAAUGACUUCGGGGGGCUCCUGGAGGGAGACCAGCAGGCUGAGGGGUCCGGGCAGAGGAAAAAUAUUCAGGAGCUGCCCGGGAUAGAGUAUGGAGGUGAGAUGAGGAGGGAUGACAGUGGUGCAGAUGCUGUCACCGCUGCUGCCGCCACUGCUGCUACGGUGGGUGGUCUGAGUGGUGGGGAUGGGGAGAGCAGCGAGGAGGGUAUUUCGAUUGAGUCGGUUGAGAGGGAUGGCAUGCGGUGGCCGACGGUGCCAGCUGCAGAAAUAGUGGAGCAUGAACAGGACACAAUUGGGUCGAGAGGAGGAGGGGAAGGAAGCGAGGGAGUGAGUGAGGGAGGGGAGGAGGAGGAGGAGGAGGAGGAGGAGGAGGAGGAGGAGGAGGAGGAGGAGGAGGAGGAGGAGGAGGAGGAGGAGGAGGAGGAGGAGGAGGAGGAGGAGGAGGAGGAGGAGGAGGAGGAGGAGGAGGAGGAGGAGGAGGAGGAGGAGGAGGAGGAGGAGGAGAAGGAGGAGGAGGAGGAGGAGGAGGGGGAGGAGGAGGAGUGGAGCGAGAAGGAUAUGCAGGCGCUGGAGCUGCUGAGGGAGGCGGCCAUACCGCAGCCCGUGGCAGCAUGGGGAGAGGUGCCUGCAGGGGGCGAGGCAGCUGCACAUGGCAGCAGCCGCGUGCAUGCGGUUCACCUUGCCUCUGCCUCUGCUGCUGCUUCUGAGACGCUUGGAGGGGGAGGAGGCCUGUCAUCUGCAGUGGACGAGGGGUUGUCGUCUGUGGGGGGAGCGGGGGGAGCAGGGGGAGGGGGGUUGUCGUCGGCGUCGCACUGGCUGCAGCAGGUGGACAUGGCUGAGGCGGACGGCCACGUGCCCGUGGCGCUGCAGCUGUUUGACCUCGCAGAGAGGUGCAACGCGCAGCCUGCGUCUGUGCUCGUCGCGGCACGCACUGCCUUCAUGCAGCGGCAUGGCCUUGUGCCCUCCGAACCUGUCGCUCCCCUUUCUUCCGCUCCUGCUGCUGUCGCUGCUGCUGCUGUCACUGCUGCUGCUGUCACUGCUGCUGCUGUCACUCCUGCUGCUGAAAGCAAAGCCCAGCCCACGGAACAUGCCAGUGAGAAAUCUCCUGCACCAGAACCUUCUGAGAAGAAUCUUCCUAGCAGCACAGCAGCAGACGCUCCUCAACCCUCAGCCAUCCCUGGGCCCCCCUCUGACCCCUCCACUCUCCCCUCCCCUCCUCCUGACUCCUCGCCCCUCCCCCUGCCGCCCCGCCUGGCGCCUGUGCUGCGCCCCUGCCGCUCGUCGCACCACCUGGUGGCAGUGUACAAUCUCAGGGGCGAGCGGGUUUCUGGGGACGACUGCAGCGAAAUGGGCGGGCGGGAGGGGGAGGGGGCUGGGUUGAGGGAGGAUAAGGGUACGAGUGGAGGGUUUGGGGUCGAAGCGAAAGGAAAGGCAGCGGAUGAGAUUGAGCCUGGUAUAUCACAGGCAGGGGCAGGGCAGGGGCAGCAGCAGCAGGGGCAGAAGCUUCGGCAGCAGCGGCUGGAGUGGAAGUUGCAGAGGCAAGGCAAACGGGGCUAGAGGAAGGAGGAGAGAGAGUAGCGGGAGCAGGUGAAGGGGCGAGUGAGAGAGAAGCAGGAGCAGGUGAGGGUGUGAGUGUGUCAACCCCUGUGAGGGCUUGGAGUAGGGGGGCGAGGGAGAGGGAGCGGGUGAUGAGGGCUGGUGGGAGCCCAGGGCAGGCAGGCGAUGUCUCUGAUAACGUCCCUCCCACAGCUGCAAAAGGCGCUGACAACACCCCCUAUAGCGUGACUAGAGCAGCACCAGAUGGUGCUGACAACGUCCCCAGCACAGCAGCAAAAGGUUUUGACAACACCCCUUAUAACAUCGCUAGAGCAGCACCGGAUGGUGCUGACAACGUCCCCAGCACAGCAGCGUUUGGCAGCCCGUUCAAGCCUGCAGCAGGUUCACCCAUCCGGCCCCAUCGUCUGCCUUAUCCCCAUAAAGCCGUCCUCGUUUAACGCAGCAGCAGGCUCAUCGUCCGCAGCAGCGCUAGCUGGAGAGGGGUACGUCCUCCCCUCGCCGUCCCGCGCCUCCCGCACUGCCCUCUUCUUCGACACCGUCAAAAAGGCAGCUGGAACAACGGCAGGAGCAGCAGGAGCAGAGGGAAGUGGGUCAGGUGUGGCGAGGAGGGAGGGCGCUGGCGGCUCUGGUUCUCCCUUG